CACUUACAAAAUAUAUUUAGUCUCUCACGAGCAGUCAAAGAUGUGGUUCUUUCUGGUCUUUGUCAUUCUGACUGUUGUCAGCAGCCAAGGCGACGAUUGUGAUGUAUUUUUGAGAAAUAAGUGGCUUUCAAAGGGACUUCCUUUCGGUGAUGAGGCUGGUGAUACGUGUCUUGAAAACUGUGCGAGAGGAUAACAAUGAUGGAUGUAGUUGAAGAAAACCGGCUGAAUACAACCUAUUCUUUCUUUGGUCAUGAACCCUUUGGGAGUCUCGUUUGUGUGUGAAAAUGGACUAGUAUCAUUUGAGGACAGCAACAACUCCUGUGAUUAUCCAACGGAUUUAAAAAAUUCUACAGCUUGUUUAAUUGUCGGGUUUUUUGGAGAAGAUGUUCAACUUAACCCCAAUUGCACAGAAUCACCUUAUGCGUAUUACGAUGAGAGAAGUACAUACGAUGAAAAUGGUUGUUUCAAUAUGAGUAACGAGACUGUUAUGGCCUAUCUUCACAUCGAACCAACACACAUUUUUGUUUCUACCUGGCACCGCAUUCAAAAUGGGAUAGGCACUGUCCAAAUUGUCAUAGCAACUCAGGAACGCAAGGAAUGCAAGAAUGAAACCUAUGCUCUACUCAUUUAUAAUAAUACAAAUCUGAGUGAGGAAGACAAGGAGCAAAUAGGAUUCACUGCAGAUGGCGGGAGAUAUUAUUCAUUGUCCAACAUUACAGGAGACAGCAACAUUGGCGUUCCUGGAGUUUAUGCCUUUCGGAUCGAUAAGCCAUAUUAUAUAGAUGAGCCAGGUAAGGGAAUCCAUUUUUUUAAUGGGAGUGAAAAUGACACUCAAGGCCUAAUCGAGGUUUGCCAUCAAGGAGAAUGGAGAUCAGUGUGCGAUGACUAUUGGACUGAUCAUGAUGCAAAAGUUGCUUGUGAACAACUUGGAUUUUCCAAAUCUAAUUUUAGUGCCAAAGCAACUAAACGAGGAGAAUUUGAAAGGGAAUUCUAUAAGAACACUGAUAAGUCUGAACUUUACUGGUUCGAUGAUGUCCAGUGCGCAGGAAAUGAAACAUCUUUGUUUAAGUGUAAACAUAAGGAAAUGGGAACCCAUAACUGCGGCCGAAAAGAAAGAGCAGGAGUGAAAUGCAUAGGUUGUUAAUAUUGUAGGGUGUGAAGUUUUAUUACUUUUGUGUUACAGAGACCGAAAUUCGUUUUGUUGAAGGAAGCGAUGAAAUAUUGAAGUGCGGAUGGAAGUGAGUGGAUGGUCUGUGUGUAUCAAUCACUGGACACUGAAUGAUGUGGAAGUGCUUGCAGACAACUUGAAUGAAAUGAUGGCUCCCAUACACUGUCAUUAAUAAAGAAGAAAAGGAGAAAAGUAUGGUUGGACGUUGUGAAUUGUCGUGGGGACGAAGAGUCUUUGUUUGCCUGCCACCAUUUGGGGCUGGGAGAACACAAGUGUGACAAUGGAGAGGCGACUGGAGUCAAAUGUUAAGAUUAGUUUAAUAAGCUGAAAGACGCUACGAUAACAUUAGCUAGCUACCCUGAUAUAGUUAGUUGGUAGCUAGUACAUGUUCUCUUUCACUACUCGAUGUUUAAACUGAUUAUUCCUAAGUGUGUUCUACAUUAUGAUUUUUGUCACUAAUAAUGUGUACACUCUCUAAUGUGUGCUAUAAAAAUGGUCGGCACUGACUGCACCUAUGUUAUGUCUGUCAGUAUUACAGUGUCUUUCU